AUGGUGUCCUCACUGUAUUUUCUGGAGCCCCUGACUGCCCUGCAGCUGAAGCGCCUGGAAGAACACAAGUACAGCGCCCAUGGCCGCUCUCUGCUGGAGCCCCUCAUGCAGGUCUAUUGGAACUGGCUGGUGGAGAGGGUGCCCCUGUGGAUGGCCCCCAACACUAUCACCAUGGUGGGGCUGACCAUGAAUGUGUUGACCACCCUCGUCAUAGCCUACUACUGCCCCAGCGCCACCGAGGAGGCUCCAUCAUGGGCAUUUCUGCUUUGUGCCUUUGGUCUUUUUGUUUACCAGUCACUGGAUGCCAUUGAUGGAAAACAAGCACGAAGAACAAACAGUAGCUCCCCGUUAGGAGAACUAUUUGACCACGGCUGUGACUCAAUAUCUAUAGUGUUUGUUGCAGUGGGGACAAUUGCUGCUGUACGGCUUGGAACAAUGCCCAACUGGAUGUUUUUCUGCUGCUUUAUCAGCAUGUUCAUGUUUUUUUGUGCCCAGUGGCAGACCUAUGUGUCGGGUACUCUGAGAUUUGGAGUGAUUGAUGUCACAGAGCUUCAGCUAUCAGUAACCGUUGUAUUUUUGUUGUCUGCAUUUUUUGGGACUACAUUCUGGGACAUUGAGAUUCCCAUGACUGGACUACCCUUGAAAGUCUUACCUCUCAUGGGUAUUGUGUUUGGAACAAUUUAUUCUUGUAGCAAUUACUUUAGAGUCAUUUUCACUGGUGGAGUAGGAAAAAAUGGAUCUACUGUAGCUGGAACAAGUGUGCUAUCUCCUGGCCUCCAUAUUGGACUGGUGCUUAUAUUAGGAUUAAUGAUCUAUGUAAAAUCAACAACAGAUUUAUUACACAAUCAUCCAAGUCUUUAUACACUAACAUUUGGGUGUGUAAGUUCCAAGAUCACUAUUAAGCUUGUGCUGGCACAUAUGACCAAAAGUGAACUUUAUAUUCAAGAUACUGCAUUUAUUGGACCAGGUCUUUUAUUCCUAAACCAGUACUUCAACAGCUUUAUUGAUGAAUACAUAGUUUUGUGGGUAGCACUAGUUAUUUCAUUGUUUGAACUGACAAGAUACUGCAUAGGCCUUUGUCUACAAAUAGCAACACAUCUUCGGAUAUCUGUGUUCAGAAUCCCUCCUAUCCCAGCUGCUGAGCAGGUUCAAAAUCAAAAUCAUACUGACUGA